UCUAUUUCCCGCAGUGUGCGCUGCAAGCAGAUACUGGCAUGACCAGUAGCCUACCUGUCGAAUUGAUUAGACGGUAGCGAUGUUCUUUUCAAACCAUUUAUUUUCGCGUGAAUUGAGACUGUUGCUUGACGAAAUAAAUAAUUUUACCAAUCAUGCAGUCUCGCAUAGGCUACUUCUUUCUUCAUAUUAGCCUAUGUAAUAGUCCAACACAGUCACAGAUGCACAAAAUAGCUCGCACCAUUAACAGCCAGUUUAUUCCAUUGGUGAAAUGAUUGCUAUUUUACAAGUAGCAUAGUUCUUGAUAGGACACAAGAAGUCCAGGUUAUGGAUGAAAUGCAGUUUACUUAGUCUUUGGUACUUUCACCUGACGGGCAGGUGAACCUGGCAGCCUCUGAGCACUACAUCACAGCUCGUCUAAAAUGACGCAUUGAUGUUGCCAGUGAGAGUCAAUAAAAUGCGCUUGUUUCAGCGCAUGACGAUAGGGGGGAUUACCCAUACGUGGUUAAGCAUUGGUGUGAUUUAAGGUGAGCUGUCGCUGGCAGGACAGGGGCGCCACCACCUGCACAAUCAUUUGACAUGAAUUGGGUUGUUCGGUUCUAAUGAGUAUGCAGCUAAGACUCCGAGGAAAGGUUGGAGCUAUUACACCAUCACAGAGGUAAACUAUCUUCCUGUAUUCAAGUGUUGAGUGGGGAACAUAUGACAUGAACAAGUAAAAUGUGCAUGAUUCUUUCAAAAUGCAUGUAGUCUGGUGUAUCAGCUGAGGUCUAUACAGCCAAAGAAAAGUUAGGUCACUGAGUUCUGAUAACAUUAAUUAUUUAAAGAGAUAGGCUAUUGAACUGUGGCAAUGAACAGCAAUAUGACCUAUAUGAUGCAAAGCAUCAGAUGAGACCCUGCACAUUGAAUGGAUGUGUGUUAUAUCACUCCAAUGGAAGUGUUCUUGCGUGGAAGCUUCUAGCAUAGGUCUUUAAAGAAGGUUGAGGGAUGGGUCCUUCCUAAUGACUGUCAAAUGCAAUGCUAUUCAUUACUUUUGCUUUGAUUGCUGGCCUUCGUCGUCCGAGUGAAACUUUUGUGUUUUGGAGCCUUUGAAGGUGCAUCAGUUGUGAGCUUUGUUUCAUAUUGAGGGAUAAAAGCCUCUUUGAUGCUUCGGAAUAAAUCAGAAGAUGCAAAUGCAGCGGAAAUAGCUUUUUAUACUGGUUGCCCAUCAUCUGCAUGACCCCCUCCCCUCUGCCAUGAGCCCUUUCUUGAGGCCAACACAUGAUCAAUUGGCACCUUAAUUAAUAUUUUUUUGUUAUGAUGAUUUUUGACGCAUUUGAGGGUUAUGUUAUAAUGACAAACCUCAUUUCUAACGAUGAUUUCUGGGGUAGUUUGAAGUUGGGUGCUGUAGAGAAAAUAAGAGAUUUAAGAUUUAUUUAUUUUGGUGAUGUUAACACCAUCACUGCAGGCUACCACACACACACACACACACACACACACACACACUAAGGUGAAUACCAACAGCAUUGCAAAGAUUUCUUCUUCCUUAGCAGUGCCAUGGUAACUAAGGACCCUAGAGUAUCAUGGCUAAUGAGUCUGCAUGGAUUCAUUCACUUGGGGGAAGAAAAGACUGUCCAUCAAGGGACUGAGAUAGUGUGCGUAACACAGAAUGUUUAAUUUGCUAACUUUAUUUGUCCUUGUCUCGCCUUAUGUUUUUACAUUUCUGCAGUAGAUUGAUAUACAGAAUAGUGGGCUAUAGAGUAAAGCUGAGUAGGCAAGCUUUGUAUACAGUUGCCAUUUCCAGUGCAUCGCACGGCGAGGAGUAACUCUUACCAUGAUAGUUUACCCUCUGCUUAUAAUGGCGAUCAUCACAAAACUGAGACGUAGUGUCAUCACAAAAUUGGCAGCUCAGCUCUCCUUACUAAUGUUUUGCAUUUGUCAAUAGUGGAGACAUGCAGCUUUGACGUCAUGACACAGUACUCUGAUGUUAUCACAUCAGUCAUCUGAGGCCUUGGCUGCAUAUUAAAUGCUAGUCAAUAACAAUGAAGGACUUUAUUUCUGGUUUGUGAACACUACCUGGACUCUGGAACUGUAGCACUAGUGAACAUAAAGAGCUGGGCACAUGUAGAAGUGGGUUCAUUAUUGCUGUCAUUUGUGAAAGAAUGUAAACAUGCAGUAAAAGAAAGCACUAGUUCCGCGAUAUUUAAAAAUGGCAGGGGGGUGUUUUGUGUACGUGUGUGUGUGUGGUUGUGUUUGUGUUUGUGUGUGUGUGUGUGUGUCUAAAACUCUCAUGGAAUUGUUUGCCCAUAUAAAUUCCAGAGUGGACCACCUCUUGGUUCCUAGGCUUGCUGGCCUCCUAUUGUCUCCCAUCUAUUCACCCCUGAGCUCUUUAUCCUCCUGGACCAGGCAUCUCAAUUAAUGCACAUGGGGGAGCUGUGUGUGUGUGUGAGAGUGAGAGAGAGAGAGGGAGUGAGAGAGUCUGCUUUUGUAUGUUUUUGUAUGCUAAACUUCUCAGUUUUCCCCAAUGUGCUGCUCCCUUGCUCACAUCACUCUCUCUCUCACCCACUCUUUAUCCCCUCUCUCUCUCUCUCUCUCUCUCUCUCUCUUUCUUUUGCUCAUUUCCCUCUCACCCUCCCCUCCCUGGUGGUGAUUUUGAAGUGAGUAUCCCAGAAUUCUCUCUGACUGCCGAGGCACAUGUUGUUAUUUUGUCUCGAUGGGGAAGAGAUGAUGUCAGUAGCUUGAUGAUCCUCCACAAUUUGCACCACCUGACGUGCAGGCUCUUGAGCAGCUCAAAGCCAGCUGGCGUAAAGGGGAUCCCUGGCUGUGCCAAAGACUAAGGUGGAGAUUUGCAGAGUCGAUAAGUAAAGCCGGGAUUAGGAUCUGUGGCAACCAGCGCGCGUUCUAAUCCCGACAACAGGGCGGCCGGAAAGAGAGAGAGAGGGAAGGUUGCCGGGCCCCUGGGGAAACGUGAACCAGAGAGGAGCCAGAAUCCGAGAGAGGCGGUUGAGCCCUGUGGAGUGGCAGUGGAGGUGGUGAAGAGGGGCCUUUUGCUGCCCGCAGGAGAGACGGUAAGAGUCCCCGGAGGGCGGCCUUUCCUGCUGAGGACAUCAUGUUCCGCUGAGCGGGGCCACAAAGGAGCAGCAGCAAGCGGCAGCAGGAGAGGGAGGAGGAGAGGGAGGGGGAGACGUGCUCCUCCGCUUUUUGGAGCAGGGAGUUUGGCAAUCACAGCGUCCUCGGCGCACUCAACACCAGGCUCUGUCUCUCUCUCUCUCUCUCUCUCUCUUUUUCUCUCUCGUUAUUGAUGAGUGACCGACGCCGUCAAGAGCCGCAGGACCUGCCAGCACCACCAGCUCCUCUCCCCCUCAUCCACUUUAACAUCUGCCCACUUCUGAGGGCUUUUUAGGAUGCGGAGACACAUGGACACGCCCGAGGUCAGAGUGGCCACUGAGGACAAGAUGCAGAGGACGGGAUGACGGCUGUGCACCCAUCUGAGGGGGGCACUGUCUCCUCCACCAGCUCCGUGCCCGUGGUGCGCUCCGGGGCAGCCGUGGCCCCUGCGGCCCCCCCUGGGGGCACCUCUCAGCGCUACGCCCGCUGGAGCCGGCAGGACAGCUCGGACAUCUGCACGGACGAUGAGGGCGGCGGGGGCCCGCCGCGACGCCUCUCGCCCCUGGAGAAGCUCAACCUGGACAUGUGCCAGGACGAGAGGGUCGUGCGCGAGCUGACCGUAGGCCGGCGCAUCGGCUUCUACAAGGUGCGCGGCGAAAUCGGCUGUGGCAACUUCUCUCACGUCAAGCUGGGCAUCCAUGCCCUGACGAAAGACAAAGUGGCCAUCAAGAUCUUGGACAAGACCAAGCUAGACCAGAAGACGCAGCGUCUGCUUUCGCGAGAGAUCUCCAGCAUGGAGCGCCUGCACCACCCCAACAUCAUAAGGCUCUACGAGGUGGUGGAGACCCUGACGCGCUUGCACCUGGUGAUGGAGUAUGCGGCUGGGGGAGAACUCUACACCAAGAUCAGCACCGAGGGGAAGCUCUCGGACAUCGACUGCAAGAUUGUCUUCUCCCAGGUCCUGUCGGCUGUGAAGCACAUGCAUGACAACAACAUCAUCCACCGGGACCUGAAGGCGGAGAACGUGUUCUACACCUGCAGCACCUGUGUCAAAGUGGGCGACUUUGGCUUCAGCACGGUGAGCCGGCGCGAGGAGACCCUCAACACGUUCUGCGGCUCGCCGCCAUACGCCGCGCCCGAGCUCUUCCGCGACGAGCACUACAUGGGCGCCUGCGUGGACGUGUGGGCGCUGGGCGUUAUGCUCUUCUUCAUGGUGACAGCCACCAUGCCCUUCCGCGCCGACACUGUGGCCAAGCUCAAGCGCUGCAUUCUGGACGGCGCGUACAUCAUCCCGGCCUUCGUGCCCGAGCCGUGCCAACAGCUGCUCCGCGGCAUUCUCCAACCGCAGUCGGCCGACCGCCUCACGGUGGCCCAGGUCAUGGCCUGCGAGUGGCUACGGCCGGUCGACUUCCCCCCGGCCGCGGAGCCCUUCAAGCUGGACCCGCUCUACCUGGUGGAGGCCGAGCCUGCUGAGCUGGAGGAGGACGAGCUGGAGGUGAAGAACAUUCUGGAGUCACUGGGCAUCACCGCGGAGCACCUGCACAACAACCAGGGCAAGGACUGCCGCAGCUCCAUCACCGGGGUCUACCGCAUCCUGCUGCACCGUGCGCACAAGCGCCGUGCUGUAGACAGCAUGCCAGUGGUGACGCAUAUGGUCAGCGAACCGGUCACAAUGGUCACUAAAAAGGACCGCUUGAAGGCCUACCGGAGCCUGCGGCACACAUCUAAACUGUGCGUCAUACUUUGAUCUUGCAGUGGGACUUGUCUUAAACAGGGAUUGGCCUAUCUCUUUUUGGGAGCAAGAGUGUGGUUCUUGAGUGGAGUAGAGAAGUAUAGAACAUGUAUUUUUCAUCAUGACAAGAAAAUAAAAUUAAUUGCCUGAUCAGGAGAAGGUGAGCAUGGAGCUCAUGUUGUCGAACUUUGCUAUGACACCUUUGAGUUUGUGUGAUAAUAAUGCCAUGAUUGUCAUGUAUUGUUAAUAUGCAUUGUAUCCAAUAAAACUCUAUUAUUGAA